AUGGCCUCAUCGACUCCCGAUGUGCUGGUGACUGGCUCCUCGGGGCACUUGGGGCAUGCUCUUAUGCUGUCCCUCCAGUCCUACGGCCACGCGCCUCUCGGUAUAGAUAUCAAGCCAUCACCCAGAAUAGACACUCUCCAAGGCUCCAUCACGGACCGCUCUUUCAUCCGCGAGCUCCUCGCGUCCCGGCCCACCAUACAGCACAUAAUCCAUACGGCCACCCUCCACAAACCACACAUCGGCAGCCAUACGAAAGAAGACUUCAUAUCAACGAACAUCACGGGAACUUUGAUCCUACUGGAAGAAGCAGCCGCGCUCCACCCACAGCAGAUCAAGUCCUUCGUCUUCUUAAGCACAACCUCAACCUUCGGCUCCGCCCUGAGCCCCAAGCCAGGCCAGCCUGCAGCCUGGAUCGACGAGGCGGUGGUGCCGGUGCCUAAGAACAUAUACGGCGUGACCAAGGUCGCCGCAGAGGACAUGUGCCGUCUCGUUCACGCGCAGACUGGCAUGCCAGUGGUGGUUCUCCGCACGAGUCGCUUCUUCCCGGAGGGGGACGACGACGAGGACCGCAGGACCGCGAUGGGCGAUGACAACCUCAAGGUCUGCGAGCUGGCUUACCGGCGCGUGGACGUCGCUGACGUGGUGGCUGCCUGCGUAUGUACGCUGCGCAAGGCUGCGGCUGGGGAGGUCGGCUGGGGUAGGUAUGUUAUUAGCGCGCCAACGCCUUUUGGGAGGGAUGAGGGGACGUUAGGUUUGUUGAAUGGUGCGAAUGGGGAGGGAGACGUGGCGGCUGUGAUGGAGAGGCUGGUUCCGGAUUGCAAGGAAGUGUUUGCACAGAGAGGGUGGGAGCAUCUGAGCAGGAUCGAUCGUGUAUACGACUCCUCGAGGGCUGUGAAGGAUUUGGGUUGGGAGCCUGAAUUCACUUUCGAAGCUUGCGUUGAGAAGCUCUCGCGAGGCGAGGACUGGCGGAGCGAGCUCACACAUGCGGUUGGCAAGAGGGGCUAUCAUGAUGUUCCCACUGGGGUUUAUACAUUGACGUAG